GCGAGAGAACGAUAACGCAAGUUUUUUUUUAUGGGUGAGGCGGCGGCGCGAACAAUGGCGGUCGGCAAGAUACCGGAAUUUAAAAUUGGAACGGAUAAUUGGAGGCUGUACAUAGACCGCUUAGAACAAUAUUUUUUAGUAAAUGAAAUUGAAACGACCUUGUAUGUGCCAACGUUAAUUACAGUGAUGGGGGCUGAGUGCUACGAACUUUUAGUGAAUUUGUGCACGCCCGAUAAACCGUCAACCAAAACGUUCGCACAGGUGACGUCGAUACUUGAAAAACAUUUACAGCCUAAACCGAGCAUCUUAGCUGAGCGUUUUAAGUUUAGACACAGGAAGCAAAGUGCGAACGAGUCCAUUUCGGAAUAUGUGGCCGUGUUAAAGCGUAUGUCGAAAGAUUGUGAUUUCGGUACUUGGCUAGAGGACAGCUUGCGUGAUCAGCUGGUUUGCGGCCUGCAGAGUGAGACUAUACGCCAGCGGUUAUUUACAGAAGAAUCGUUGGACUUUGCGAAAGCGUACAAAUUGGCGGUCAGUAUGGAGGCGGCGGAAAAAGACUCGGCUCUCGUGGAGGGUCGCACGGGACCGGCGAGUGGAGCGGGCACCGUGGAGUGCCAAGCGAUGACCCCGCGCUGGGCGGGAGGCCAGGCGGGACAGCGCGCGGGCCGCGGGGCGCCUCACGCGGGCCGGGGCGGCCGCGCUGGCGGCGGCGGCGUGUGA